UUGUCAGCCUGGGAGAGUCCAGCUCCAACUUGAGAGGAACGCUGCCGUUUUCUGUCCCUCACCUUGUGUUUCCUUCCUUUUGGGCCAAACCUGCCCCCAAGGCAAAGCCAGGCAGGAGCUCUGGUGCUUUCUUUCCAUCAGGGGCAGCUUUCCAGAAGGCACCUGAGCGAAAAUAGCAGGAAUCAGGUCAGGCAGACGCAGGAUCACAGCAACUAUGGCUUCAGAAUUCAUGGUAAAUUUAAAGGAGGAGGUGACCUGUCCCAUCUGUCUGGACCUGAUGGUGGAACCCGUGAGUGCAGAUUGUGGUCACAGCUUCUGCCGAGCCUGCAUCACACUGAACUAUGAGUCCAGCAAAAGCAAAGAGGAAGAGUUCAUCUGUCCUGUGUGCCGAGUUAGUUACCUGUUUGGGAAUCUGAGGCCUAAUCGACAUGUGGCCAACAUAGUGGAGAGGCUCAAGGGCUUCAAGUCCAGCCCAGAAGAGCAGAAGGUGUUUCACUGUGCAAGGCACGGAGAGAAACUCCAGCUCUUCUGUGAGAAGGACAAGGUGGCCAUCUGCUGGAUUUGUGAGCGAUCUCAGGAGCACCGUGGUCACCAAACAGCUCUCAUUGAGGAGGUGGCCUGUGAGUACAAGGAGAAGCUGCAGGCAGCUCUGCAGAAGCUGAUGGCAGACAAGAAAGAAUCUGAGAACUGGAAAGAUGACCUCCAACAGGAGAGAACUUAUUGGGAGAGUAAAAUACAGAAAGAUGUAGAAAACGUUCAGACAGAGUUUAAACGAAUGGAAGACAUCCUGGACUCUGAGAAGAAGAAUGAAUUGCAGAAGCUGAUGCAAGAAAAGGAAGACAUUAUGAACAGCCUGGCAGAGUCUGAAAAUGAGCAUGCCCAGCAGAGCAAGUUGCUAGGAGACCUCAUCUCAGAUGUGGAGCAUCAGUUGGGGUGCUCAGCCAUGGAAAUGCUGCAGGGAGUAGACAGCAUCAUAAACCGGAGUCAUACUUUCUCGCUGACAAAGCCCAAAACCAUCCCCAAGGAACAAAGAAGAGUGUUCCGAGCCCCCGAUCUGCAAGGCAUGCUGCAAGUGUUGCAAGAGGUCACAGAGGCCCAGCGCUACUGGGUUCGAGUGACACUGGUUGAAAACAACCAUCCAAAAAUUGCCAUUACUGUGGACAAGAAACAAAUACGAUAUGAAGACCAUCAAACAAGAAAUUCAAAAGCUAGGGAUGAAAGCUGUCAUGAAGGCGUCAUGGGACACCCAGCUCUCCAAUCAGGAAAGCAUUACUGGGAAGUAGAUGUGUCUGGAAAAAGUGCCUGGGUCCUGGGAUUAUGUGAUGGAAGUUACCUCUUCAAUCCCAUAUUUCUCUCACACCCAAGUCCAUUAUUUCGUUUGGGUCUUAGUAAUGAUUUACACUAUCAACCUAAAUAUGGGUUCUGGGUUAUAGGGCUGCAGAAAAAGUACGUGUAUAAUGUUUUUGAGGAGUGUUCCCUCACAGGCAAGCCCAGCACCUUGACACUCUCUCUCAUGGUUCCUCCCUGUCGUGUUGGCGUUUUCCUUGACUAUGCAGCUGGCACGCUCUCGUUUUACAAUAUUUCCCACCAUGGGACUCUCAUCUACAGAUUCUGUUCAGUUUCCUUUCCUGACAGGGUUUUUCCAUAUUUUAAUCCUAUGAGGUGUUCAGAGCCAAUGACAGUAUGCUGGCCAGACUCUUAGCCCUCAUGUGUUACUGUGCAGAGCCUUUGGCUCUCCUGCAUGCCUCAUGGGCUUGAGCUCAUGGACACCAUUUUAUCUCCCCUCACCUCGCUUUUUUUCCCUGUCUCUAGUCUUUCUGUGUGAAAGUCUUUCAUUGAUAAAUAGGAUAUAUUCAUUUCUCUGGGCCAUAUUUUUCUCAGGUUUUUUUUUUUUUUUUUUUUUUUUUUUUUUUUUUUUUUCUUGUAAGAUGAGAAUAGUAAAUUUUUUCCCAUAUAGUCAAGGACAAAUGUCUGAGGGCUCACUAUGCAAAAUAACACUGCUGCCAAGUUCUUCUUUUAUUCUUCAUGGCAGGGAUGGAAGCCAAGGCCUUGUGCAUGCUGGGGGGGUACUUCAUCAUUGACUUUUGUCACAUCUCUGUAACUACAUUCUACUCAUCAAUGAAAGAUUAAAGAAAAUUCUUCAACUUGG